AUGGCGGCGCCGCUGACCGACCAGGAGAAGCGGAAGCAGAUCAGCGUCCGGGGCAUCGCCGGGCUCGGGGACGUGGUGGAGAUCAAGCGGGGUUUUAACCGACACCUUCACUUCACUCUGGUGAAGGACCGGAACGUGGCGACUCCCCGGGACUACUACUUCGCCCUGGCCCACACCGUCCGGGACCACCUGGUGGGCCGCUGGAUCCGCACCCAGCAGUACUACUACGAGAAGGACCCCAAGAGGGUCUACUACCUGUCCCUGGAGUUCUACAUGGGCAGGACGCUGCAGAACACCAUGAUCAACCUGGGCCUGCGGAACGCCUGCGACGAGGCCGUCUACCAGUUGGGGUUGGACAUGGAGGAGCUGGAGGAGAUGGAGGAGGACGCUGCUGGGAACGGCGGACUGGGACGACUGGCAGCGUGUUUCCUGGACUCCAUGGCGACGCUCGGCCUCGCGGCGUACGGUUACGGGAUCCGGUACGAGUUCGGCAUCUUCAACCAGAAGAUCCGCGACGGAUGGCAGGUGGAGGAGGCAGAUGAUUGGCUGAGGUACGGGAACCCCUGGGAGAAGGCCAGACCGGAGUACUUGCUGCCGGUUCACUUCUACGGCCGAGUGGAGAACACCGAGGGCGGAGGGAAGUGGGUCCACACGCAGGUGGUGUUGGCGAUGCCCUAUGACACUCCGGUUCCUGGUUACCAUAACAACACGGUGAACACGAUGAGACUGUGGUCGGCUAAAGCUCCGAACGACUUCAAACUGCAGAACUUUAAUGUUGGAGAUUAUAUUGAAGCUGUUCUGGACAGAAACCUGGCGGAAAACAUCUCCCGAGUCCUCUACCCCAACGACAACUUUUUUGAGGGGAAGGAGCUGCGUCUGAAGCAGGAGUACUUCGUGGUCGCGGCGACGCUGCAGGACAUCAUCCGCAGGUUCAAAUCCUCCAAGUUCGGCUGCAGAGACCCGGUCAGGACGUCCUUCGACACUUUUCCUGAUAAGGUGGCGAUCCAGCUGAACGACACCCACCCGGCUCUGGCCAUCCCUGAACUGAUGAGGAUCCUGGUGGACAUCGAGAAGCUGGACUGGGACAAGGCGUGGGACAUCACCUGUCGUACCUGUGCGUACACCAACCACACGGUGCUGCCCGAGGCGUUGGAGCGCUGGCCGGUGUCCCUGUUCGAACAUCUGCUGCCUCGACACCUGCUGAUCAUCUACGACAUCAACCAGAGACACCUGGAGAGGAUGGCGGCCAUGUUCCCCGGCGACACGGAUCGUCUGCGUCGGAUGUCUCUGAUCGAGGAGGGCGAGCCGAAGAGGAUCAACAUGGCUCACCUGUGCGUGGUCGGAUCUCACGCCGUCAACGGAGUCGCUCAGAUUCACUCGGACAUCGUCAAGAACGCCGUGUUUAAAGACUUCCAUGAAGUGGAUCCAGAGAAGUUUCAGAAUAAAACUAACGGCAUCACUCCUCGCCGCUGGCUGCUGCUGUGUAACCCCGGCCUGGCUGACAUCAUCGCUGAGAGGAUCGGAGAAGACUUCCUCACUGAUCUGCACCAGCUGAAGAAAAUCCUCCAGUUUGUCGACGAUGAAACUUUCAUCAGAGACGUGGCCAAAGUCAAACAGGAGAGCAAGCUGAAGUUCGCCUCCUUCCUGCAGCAGCAGAACCAGGUGCAGGUGAACCCGGACUCCAUCUUUGACGUCCAGGUGAAGCGGAUCCACGAGUACAAGAGGCAGCUGCUCACCUGUCUGCACGCCGUCACGCUCUACAACCGAAUCAAGCUGGAGCCCAGCAGAGCGUUCGUUCCCCGGACGGUGAUGAUCGGAGGGAAGGCGGCUCCUGGUUACCACACGGCCAAGAUGAUCAUCAAACUGAUCACCUCGGUGGGUCAGGUGAUCAAUAACGACCCGGCGGUGGGAGACAAACUGAAAGUGAUCUACCUGGAAAACUACAGAGUGUCUCUGGCUGAGAGAGUGGUUCCUGCUGCAGACCUGUCGGAGCAGAUCUCCACCGCAGGAACCGAAGCGUCCGGAACAGGAAACAUGAAGUUCAUGCUGAACGGCGCUCUGACCGUCGGCACGAUGGACGGAGCCACGGCGGAGAUGGCCGAGGAGGCCGGGGAGGAAAACCUCUUCAUCUUCGGCAUGAGGGUGACGGACGUGGAGGAGCUGGACAGGAAGGGCUACGACGCCACGGAGUACUACGAGCGUCUGCCGGAGCUGAAACUGGCUGUGGAUCAGAUCCAGGCCGGCUUCUUCAGUCCCGAACAGCCCGAACUCUUCAAAGACCUGAUCAGCAUGCUGAUGAACCACGACAGGUUUAAGGUGUUUGCUGAUUUCGAGGCCUACGUCAGGUGUCAGGAGAGAGUCAGCGAGCUGUACAAGAACCCCAAAGAGUGGACCAAGAUGGUGAUCCGCAACAUCGCAGCCUCCGGAAAGUUCUCCAGCGACCGGACCAUCUCCCAAUACGCCCGCGAGAUCUGGGGAGUCGAACCCUCUGACGUGAAGAUCCCACCGCCCAACGAACCGCCGGUCGAGUCCCAUAACUGAGGAGCCGGACCGCCGAGUAUCGGAUCCAGCUUCACAGCUGAGACGGAGCCUCUGGAAGGAUCAAUUCACCCAAAACGUUUAACGGCAGUCAUUUUUCUAUCUCGCCCUCAUGUCAGUCAUGCCAGUUUGCCAAGAAAGUUAGCCAGCAGCUACAUGCUAGCCUUCUAAACAACUGAAACUAACACGAACUCUUCACAGUUUAACGACGGAGGAUAAAUCGGCUAAAAAAGUCAGCAAACAGCUUUUGCAACAAAGUCCAAGAGUUCAGUCAGUUAAACUUUGAGUCAGAUAUUUACACAUCUUAUAUUUACAUUUACAAGUAUUUAGUCCUCUUUUAUUGGUUCCUGUUUUUUGUUUUUGAAAUGGUGAACAGUUUCUCAUUUUUAUGAGAAAGUCUAAAAGCUCCGAGUUCAGAUUCGUAAAAAUUAAUUACAGGAAGAUUGUUUGAAAUAUAAAUUUACUGGAUGGGAGGAAAUGUGACUUUUAAGGUGGACAAACACCAGCCGUAUGAUGUUUUAUAAACACCUUAUAAGUUGCUAUGAAGAUUGACUCCCAGCCGGUGAGUUCGUAUUUUAAACAUUCUUCCUGGACUAUCACCUGGAUGGUGAUAUGUAGUCCUGGAUCAGGAUUCAUUUACCAGCUGUCCAACGUUAAAAUCAAGUUAAAAAAAUGUCUCUUAAAAACAACAAAUUCUAUCAAAUCGCUCUGUUAGCAUGACAUCCGCUCUUCAUGUGAGCGUUUAAACUUUAAGUUGUUUUUGAAGGCUUGUGCUUAAUACGUUAUUUAGGUGCCUUGUGAAAGUUUAGAGCUCCCGAGUUCAGCUAUUAUGCUUUUAGCAUAUUCUGCCCUCGGCUUAAGUGGAAAACAUGAACUCAUGAGCAGCUUAAAUAUCUGUGAUUUGGACCAUUAAGCAGACUCUUUAUGCUCCUGCCGUCCUAGAGAGACGGAAUUAAAAGCUUCAUUUGGAAACAUUUAGCUAACGUUAGCCAAAGUACUGUACAUAGCAAAGCAGACACAAAUAAGCUUGAAACUUUGCUUGAAAAAACAGUUAUUUUACUUUGUUGUGAGAGAAUUACUUCCUAAAACAUGGUUGUCACCGACUUUACCCACAUCAGCUUUAAUCGGCCUUUUCAGUGUAUAUACCAUCGUUUUUAAAUCAGACCUCCAUGUUUUUUGCCCCCAACUUUCUUGCUGAAAAACCCCAAAUUGUCCACUUAUUUCCAGAAAACAAUGAUUUUUGCGUUAUCAGUUAUAAACAUCAUCUGAAACUGAACUUCAGUGAAGAUUUUUCCAGAAUUUGCAGUGGAGUUUUGGGUUUUGGACGCCACAAAUCUCAGCCUAUACUGUGUCAUCGUAAUGCUGAAUUGUUUUUUUAUACUUUAAAGCAAAUUGUUUUAAGAGUCAACGACUUUUUAUUAAGUAAAAUAUUUUACACUUUGUAAAGACAUUAUAGAUUCACUUUGAAUAGAACAGUUAACCACGUAGUCUAUGGAAGCAAAUAAGGGUCAUUAAUAUUUGUGAAAUGAUUAAUUAAUUAAUGUUAAUCAUUUCACAGCCUGCAGUUGUAUAUCACCGUAUCAUCGUAUCGUGCACUUAUCUGAAUGUGUGAAUUUGUAGAAAAAUAAUAAUAAUAAUGUUCUCACAAAUUCAAGUUUGUGAAUGUGUAAAAAGUUUUGUAGCUGUAGAAAUAUUUUGUGUGUAAUUAAAAUUUGUGCAGGAAUAUAUUUUCCACAGUGAGGUUUCUGAGAGACGGACACACAAGCUUCCUAUUAUGUGUAUGAGACACUGAAGUUACGAGCUACAAGUUACGAGUUACAAGCACGAAUUUUGAACGCUUUUACACCUGAGCUUUUACACCUGUGAAUUUCUUUUCACGUGCACACAAAAGGUGAUAUACAACUGCAGGCUGUGAAAUUAUUCGUGAACAUCGUUUCACAAGCUCAAAAUAUUAAUGACCCUUAUUUGCUUCCAUAGUAGCCAGACAUAAAAACAGCUGUGUUAGCAUUCGUGGUACAUUUUACGCUGUUGCAGACGUUUCAUUGCCACAUCAUUUGGUUUUGGACCGCUUGAUGAAAAGUUCACUGUUGCCUUCUGCUGUCUCUUUGCAUGGACUAAAAUCUUCAAUAGCACCACAGCUUUUGUUCCGUUGACUUCCAGUAAAGGUCAACAACAGAACUAAAAAUGUUUCCCAUUGACUUUAAGAGGAUCUUUGAGUUUUCCUCAUUGAACUAUUACUAACUAAACUCUCCUGUUUGCUCCAUUGAUUUACAGUGGACAUAAAACUGCACUGUAAACCUUAAGUAGUAAACUCGGCUCCAUUAAUUUACACUAAAAGUAAAACUCAAAAACCCCAUUACUUUACAGUACCUUACAGCUAAUUCUCAUUCUUCCGAGGACUUAAAAAUUAAGUAAAUAUCUUGCCCAUUAAUUUAAAAUACUGUAGACUGCCAUUGACUUACAGUUUAAUUGUUACAUUUGACUCUUAACAGUAAAGCUCAGAAAUUCCAUUAACUUAGUUGGAGUCAAUGGAGUUUAGCAAAAGUGAGGAGCUGGUUGAAUGUUUUUUGACUUCCCAUUGAUUUUUAACUGUCAUCUUUGUUCCAUUGACUUACAAUAAAACGUAAAGUCGUAGCCAAGUAUUCGCAGCUGGAAGUCCAUAUCUGUUCCACUCAUAGUAGAAAUACUGCUGAGCUAAAAAAGUUUGCCGCUGACUUUCAGUUAAGCUGUGAAAUUACUAUGGUCAUAUUUACUCCGAUGCCUUACAGUUUGCCUGUUAAGCCUCCAGUUUUAUGUCUGCAGAGUUGUCCGCGUGAGGGUUAAAAAUACUGUGAAUUAACAGUCUAGCACUAUAUUGUUUAUUGUUGUCCAUUAAAUUUGGGUUUAAUUACCAUGAACGAUGGACUUUGGCUGACGUUUAGUGUUCAUAUUUGUUUGUUUGUUUUAGGCACUUCUUUAUUAUGAAGCGCAAAUCUUUGGAAAUUACAACUUGUGUGUUGAUGUGAACGGUAUUUACAAGUUCAAACUGAAAAUAACGGUAACUCUGACGUGACACGGACUCAACAAAAAGGCCUCAGUGACAUCACAGGUGUCUCAUGGGUAAUGUAGUGCAUUCAGAAUCACUGUUUACUCAACAUGAAUGUCAGUCUGACUCAAACUGAAAAGCUUUUGUACUGUAUCUGCAGCAUUCAUAUCUCUUGCUGAAAAUAAACUUCUGUUGCACUUGUAA